CAAUCACACGUGGGGCAAGCAACUUUGAAUAUCUCAACCUAAAGCGAUAAAUGCUGAAAAAUAAUUCACAAACGUUUUAAUUAAAAUAAAAAUAUGGGUAAAAAGUCGGGAAUAUUUACCGAGGGACAGCAUGUGUUUGCUAAAGUGAAAGGAUAUUCUCCAUGGCCCGCAAAAAUUACAAAAGUGAUUGCGAAAAACCGGUAUCGAGUAUAUUUCUAUGGCACAGGAGAGACAGCGUCAGUGAAAAGUGAAGAUUUAGAUCUUUAUGAUGAACGUAACCGAGGACGUUUCAACACCGACCGCCAGCUGAAAAAAAGUGAUUACAAAGAAGCAGUUGAUCAAAUUGAGUCAGCUAUUAGUGGAAAUGAUCCAGCGCCAAUUUUACCAGAUGAUAAAUCAGUUAUAAAUCCUGAUUUUGAUGCUUCGAAUGAUCAUACAACAGAUAAUGACAAUUCAGCUGAUGAAUCUCAGUUGCAAAUUGCUGAAGAUAUUCCGAAAGCAACACCACAAGCAGUCAAAAAGUCGACUGUUGUAACACCAGCACCAAAGGUUGUGAAAGAAAAUCCGACACCAGAACCAGAAGUAAAUGAUGAAAAGGUCAGCAGAAGUGGACGAAAAAUCAAAGAGAAAAAAAUGAACUUAGAUGAAAUGGAUCCAGAUUUGAUGUUUUCGCCACCCCGAAAACGUUUAAAAAAUGAGGAUGUGAAACAAAAACCUGUAAUAACAGUUGCUGACUCGACUUCGAGUGUUGAAGAGUUCCGUGCCAGUAAGAAGCAUAUCCUUACCGAUCCUAUCAAGAAAAGUUUCCUUGAAAAUCAAUUUGAGAUGAUACAUUUAAUGCAAGGAAUCAAAUUGGCUUUAGGAUUGGAACAAGUUGAUGCGAAUCGCUCGAUUGAAUUGUUGGAUACAUUUAAAGAUAAAAUAUUGCCGAACAUCACAAAAAUUAUGUUGCUCAAAUAUCCAAACAUUGUUGUUACCGUCAAAAGGCUACGUAAAUAUAUCGGCAAUACAAAUUCAUGGAAAUGGGACGAAACACAAGUUAAGGAAUUUAAUGAAAAGGCAGAAAAAAUUCGUACAACAGCAUCAGCAAUUUAUGAAAGUUUCAGGAUUCUGUUUGAAGAUACUAAUGAAUCCAACUUUUGGAGCAAAUUUGCUGAAGAACAAAAAAUAUUUCAAGAAAAGUACAAUGCUUUAAGUUCAACAGAUUUAUUUGAAGGAAUUACUUACGAAGACCUCACCUCGUUCCUCAACAACGAUACACCAACAGAAACAGAUAAUAUCACAAAAACAGAAAUAUGUGAACCGAUAGAGUCUUACAUUUGUGGCAAUGCAUAUCUUUCAAAAGGACAAUUAAAAGUUCAUGAAAGAUCUCACACGAAGGAAAAAGCUUUUGUGUGUGGAGUAUGUGGUAAAGGAUUUAGUCAUCGUGAAAGUUUAGUUACACACAGCACAUUACACAGUGGAAUUAAACCUUAUAUGUGUGAAUGUUGUUCAGCAAAGUUUUCAUGUAUCGGAAAUCUCAUCAAGCACCGAAAAGUGCGGCCAACUUCUUGUGGUUUACCAAUUUAUACAAACAGAAAAAUAUUCAAACGUGCAGGAGUAAAAUGCAAAGGAGAUUUUCCUACAGUGAUAAUAAAUAAUGAUCUACAGACAACGUUUUCAGAACAGCAAAAUGAAAAUGUAGAAGAAAUCAUUUAUGAUCAGGAAUAUCAGGAAGCAUCAGAAAUGAUUGUCGAUCCUAUGACUGAUCAUCAAUAUGUGAGCAUAAAAACAUCGCUUGAUAUGGAUAUAAUCGAGGAGAAAAAGGAUCUUGAUGUUUUCGAUUAUAUUGGAUAUGAAAUCAAAAAUAUCGAAGAAAAGGAAAGAGAAGAACAGCAAAAGAAAGAUGCAAUUGAUUAUGAUAUUGAAAUUGAAUCUAAGGCCGAAGUUUUUCCAGAAACAGUAGAAGAAUUUGUUCAAGAUUUCAUCGCUCUCAAUCAAGAUUCUUAUUCUGAUGAUCAUUUGAAUAAUGAAGUCAUUGAAGACGAUGCAAUUGUAAUUGAAACUUAUGAAGAAAUUUUUGAAAGCGAACAACUUUACGAUGAAGAUAGUGAGUUAGCAGAAUACAUUGAAAUUGUCAAUGCAAGCAGCUUUCAAUGUAAGUUCUGUCCUAAAAUCUACCAGAAGAAAAACAUCACGAUAAAGCAUCUCAAAACCGAACAUCAAAUAGUCAUUCAAAAUUACAAUUACGAUAAUACAAAUCGCUAUCGGAAACCUCAAAAAGAACUCAUGUUUAAAUGCUUCUUCUGUCCAAAACGUUACACAAGCAUGAGACUGAUGGAACGACAUCAAAAAGUCCACGGACCCGAAGGUAAUCUCAUUCAUAAAUGCUCAUGCUGUGUAAAAUAUUUUGAAACAAAUGAAGAAAGAAAUUCUCAUCAAAUCAAUGAACAUGAAAAUAGACUUAAAUGCGAUGAAUGUAAUAAAAUUUUUGAGCAACCAGAUAAACUUGUAAGCCACAUGAAAUAUGCUCAUCUAGGAAAGAAAUUGUCUGUGAAAAAAUACAAUUUUGUAUGUCAACUUUGUGGUCGAAAUUUCAAUACGAAAGUUGCUUUAUCAGAUCAUGAACGUAGCAACUGCGGAAAGGCGCCACUUUAUCAAUGCAGUCAUUGCAAUAAGAAUUAUCAUUCCGCUGGAAGUUUGAAAUGUCACAUCACUGUCCAUACAAAUGAAUUAGAUUUCGAAUGUUCUUACUGUUCAAAGAAAUUCAGAACAAAAGGUCAAUUGACGGUUCACCUUCGAUCACACACGAAGGAGAAGAAUUUCAAGUGUUUACAUUGUCCGGCUGAAUUUAGUCACAGAGAAAGUUUGCUAACUCAUAACACAAUUCAUACGGGAAUCAAACGUUUUGAAUGCAGUUCUUGCGGAUCAAGGUUCUCAUGUAUUUCUAAUCUCCUUGCACAUCGAAAACGACACCGAAACACUUGUGGCGAUUCACAAGUUAAUAAAGUAAUCGAUGCUGAUAGAAGUGUCAAAAUCUACAAAAACGACACAUCGCCAGAAGAGUCAGACAUGAAUUUUGUGUAAAUUUAACUUUUAAAUUGAAUUUGUAUUAAAUUAAAUAAAUUUAUAAACUUAACUUGAAAUUUAGCAACAACUUCUUGACUGAAAAAAUAAAUAAUCAAGCAAAAAUCCAAGUCCUAAAAAUAAAGAUUUAAUUUUUGAAUCCAUAGUUGGGUCAGC